UACGUGUAAUCAAAGUAACUGAUAACUACAGCUAAAGUGCAGUAAGCGAGUAAAUAGCUUUAAUUUAUAGUAUGGCUACAGUAUUUAGUUUUCUGAUCACGCACAGGUAAAUCACACGGAAUUGCGCACUCAGCAGUUUUGUCCCCUGCACGUCACUUCCCAGGGAAGUCCACAACUUUUCCAUCUGGGCAACAGGCUGCAGUUGGAGGAGGCGCCUUUUAGGAUUAUCUGCGGCCAAGGCGGCAGGGCAGAUUUGAACCGCUGCGGCGCACGGUGACAUAGUAGAUCAGUGUUUUCACGGCGGAGGACAGUCGCUGAAAAGUUACCACCCAUUUAAAUCUGCCGCUGACAAGGGACAAAAACGCAACACUUGGAGCAAUGCGUAAAACCAGAUUAGUCCGGACGGUUUGACCCACAACUCCUGCAAGUUUUGGAAGGAUGUUUCGGAGAUGGCAUGAACUCCCUCCCCCCUAGAUCGUGAAGUUUUUGUACACAGAAACCCUACAGUUUGCGGAGUAGCAGUGGGGCUCGGAGCAUGCAGCCUGCAGAAACCAGCUCGGGUUGAUCUCCAGUCUGGACUCCGUGCUUUUUGCUUUCCUCUUAGGCCUGGGUUGGUGAGGAGAUGAGUGCACAUGAUGGGACUGUGCCUCGGUACCGAAGUCACAGAGGAGAAGAAGGCGAGGAUACACAGCGCCAAGAUAGACAGAGACCUGUACGAAUACGCCAAACGGGAGAUGAAUGUGGUUAAAAUACUCUUACUAGGUGCAGCAGAGAGUGGAAAAAGCACUUUGGUCAAACAGAUGAAGAUCAUCCACAGCAAUGGAUUCACCAAACAAGAGCUCACCAGCUUCAAGCCUGCAGUGCUGGAUAACCUCCUGACCUCCAUGAAGUUUGUCCUCCACGGCAUGGGUAUCCUCCGGAUCAACCUGGCUAACAACAGGAACAAGGUCCACGCCCAUUCUGUCCUGUCAUGUGGGAGGUGUUUUGACGAAGAGCAGGUGCUGUUUCCUUUCAUUAGCCAUGCCAUGUCCUGUCUGUUGGCCGACCAGGGGGUGAGGGCUGCGGCGGCCCGAGGAUACGAGUACGAGCUCAAUGACUCUGCACUGUAUUUCUUCGAGAACAUGACCCGCAUCACGUCUCCAGAUUACGUGCCCACAGAGACUGAUGUUCUGCGAGUACGACUAAGGACGACAGGCGUUAUAGAGACCCAGUUCAAAGUCAACCACCUCAUUUUCAGGAUGUACGAUGUUGGAGGCCAGAGAACUGAACGGAGGAAGUGGAUUGGUUGUUUUGAGGAUGUCAGGGCGGUGCUGUUCGUGGUGUCGCUCAGCGGUUACGACAUGACCCUGGUGGAAGACCCCUCCAUGAAUCGUCUUCAGGAGAGCAUGAAACUCUUCUCCUCCAUCUGCAACAACAUUUUCUUCCGCAGCACAUCCAUGAUUUUAUUCAUGAACAAGAUAGACCUUUUUCAAGACAAGAUUUUACACUCGGGGCGACAUCUGCGGCUAUACCUGCCCCAAUAUAAAGGUGCAGAUUGCGAUGUGGACUCAGCCGCACGCUUCAUCGCUGCCACCUUUGUCUCGCUCAACGCCACGCCCAGCAAACUCAUCUACCACCACUUCACCACGGCGACUGACACCUCUAACAUCCAGGUCGUCUUCCAGGUGGUAAUGGACACGAUAAUCAAAGAGAACCUGGAGGCCGUUUCGCUCCUGUAACUGCCAGCGGGCAGUCACUGCUGUCGACCUUUUGGAUGUCUCAUUUUUAAAUACUCAAAUAUGAACAUGAAGAUCAUCUCCUUCAAGCUAUUGUCUCUGACGCUCUUUGCCACUGUUGCAUUUCAUCCUCUGUGAUGCUUGAGUUCAUGUAGCUUUGAAAAACUGUUUAAAAAAAACCUUGAAGGAGAAGGAACACUUGGCUAAUCCUUUGUCGUGGGGUUGAGCCCUACAAUGUUGACUUAAACCUAUGUCUAGAGUAAUGGGCAUUUAUAUUUUUGCACUGUGGCCUACUAUAUGAUCAGACUGUGAAUGGUGAUGUUACUUUGUUGAGGACUUGAUAUAUACACUUGCCAUUUAUUUGCCCAUCUCUUCCUGUGUGUGGGGGGGCAGAACACGGGGGGGGGGAUUUACUGUUUGUCCGUUACUUGCUCGGCGCAGGGUUCACUCAUGCAUACCAUCGUGUGCUUUCCGCUCAUCCAUCACAGUGUCUCUGCUGUCCACAUCCUGUGCGUCACACCCUCUUAAUGAGGCGGUGAUCUCCGUAAAUGCACCCCAGAUUGUGCUCACACACACUCGGUUCAUUUUAAUCUGUGCCUUCACUCGUUCCCGUGACUCUUACCAGUCAGCGAUGAUGCGGGUGUUUAAUAGCCUACUAGGUAUGAGAAAAGUGUAUGUAAAGAAACAUCCCUGAAGCUUCCAACAUCACCCCGAUGAUUAUUGUUCCAAUAUGAGACACACACGCUCACAAACCCUGAUUUGUCAACAGGAUGAUGCCGCUCUAUAUGUGAUUUGUGUGGCAUUAAUUCUGCUGGGGUCUGACUAAGCUGAAGUCUCCCCCUGAGCAACUGACUAUCACACCAGCUCCUCUCUAAUAAACAAGAUAUGGUAAUGACUGAUACGCUCUGAUAUGGUUACUGAAGGUGGAAGAAAAUUGAAAAAACACCCCCAAGUGCCUUAUGAAGAAGUGGGUUUGAUGUCAUGUAAUUUAAAUGCUUCAAAUGUGUUUUUCCUUCUCCCUCUUUUCCACUGUCAGAAUAAUUAUUGGUAUUUCAUUCUGUAUCUCUACUCUUUAAGUCUUAUACACCAUGUACUCGGACUGUUAUUUUAUGGUUUGUACUGAAACUACAAUACAAAAUAAAUGUGAUAGGUUGACAUCUUUA